CCAAGUCGCGCCGCCGCCGAGCAAUCCCCGUCAGAACAACAUGGCUAACUGCCCCGAGUGGACGUCUAAAACGGUCUUUCUCAGUGUAGUACUUCUGUGCGUGGCGAAAGGUGUGUACGGCGGCCGCCAUCCCCGAAUCGAGGAACUAAACACUAAAUAUGGCAAAGACACGAUCGUGGCCGGGGAGGAGACGGAGCUGGAGAUCCUGGGAUCGGGCCUUUCCCGGGGGCUGGAGCUCGGUUUGACGUCUGUAGACGGGGUGCAAGGGGGCUCAUGUUGGAGUUUGAUCACGCCCCCUCUCACCCCCGACGAACUUACGCAAACCAGAGCCACCGUCGCCCUUAUGCCAUCCCAUACGAUGAAGAUCCCCGUCCGGAGCAAAACGGAGGUCUGGUUGUGUACCCGAGACCGCCCGCAUGUUCGGGGUGGGCGUGCUCGCCACAUGGGCGGCUGGGUUCACCAAGGGCCUGCUACUCGCCUUCUCCUGGUCCCGAGUCAACAACGAAGUUCCCAUAGACUGAGCCAGCGAAGUGCCGAACGCCCACCCCCUCUCGUCGAGACCGAAUCAGCCUUGGCUGCGCCCGCGCCCGCCCAAGCCGCCAACGGGACCACCCACCGCCCCCCAAACUCCUCGUCCUCAUCAUCGCGCUCAGAGACCGCCAGCGGGCCCCACCCCAAGGACGAAAACGCAAACGCCGCCGAAGGCGAUAGUGAUAGUGCGUCCGAUAAACCCACAAAUGGUGAUAAUGAUGGUGGUGGUGGUGACAAAAGUCUGACUCUGACGGUGCACGGUGAAAACGCCACCGGUUCGGACAGUGAUGAUAAAGUUCAUAGUGCGGUGAAGAAAAUGAUGACGACGGUGAUACCUGGCGAUGCUGGUGAUGAUGAGGAAGGUGAUGGUGGUGGUGGUGGCGGCGUUUGGGAGAGCAUCACUAUCAGGUCCCAGGAUUCAGUCACAGCUGCUUCUGCCGCUACUACCACAGCGCUGUCGGGGGGAGGCGCCCCCACGAAUCUCGUCGACUUGAUGCUGGGCGACAUGCCACAGCCGCUCUUUGGAGGGCACUCCACCACCACCGGCGCCUUCGGUGAGGGCAACGUGCCCAAAGACCCGACGGCCAAACCGAGGACCAGCAAGUUGGAGGAAGGAAUCGGGAGUCUCGGGGAGGUCAACCUCUCCGACUCCGUCAUGGACAUGAUGAAGGAGAGUCUCCUGGAGGAGGAGGGCGAGCCCAAGGAGAAGAUGGCCGUGUCGUCCUCCAAUGCCCUGGCAGGCAUUCCCGACGGCCUCUUCAGCAACGCCGAGGGAGAGGGCGGCGCCGCUCUCGCCUCGCAGCCCGUCACCGACUCCACCUCCGAAUCCUCAGCGGUUCCUCGGAAGAUCAGGAUCACGGGUCUGAGGAUCGAGGAGCACGCCAAGGGCAUCUACUACGAGGAGCACUCGGCCUCCAUCAUGAUGGACACGGACGCCGUCGUCCGCUUCUUCGGCGAGGGCUUCACGGAGGCCACCGAGUUCCUCUUCACCACCUACGAGAAGGAAUUCGGCAAACCCUGCUCCGUUGGCAAUACGAAGUCCUUUAAGGUGGUGGAACUAGGCGACACCUGGGCAACUGCUAACAUCAAACUGCCCGCGAUGACUGGCGACCAGACCCACUGGUUCCUCUGCGUACGGGAGAAUGACUCAGAUGCCCCAUACCACCAGGGGCACGACUCUUGGCUCACGAUGAAGAGCUACGCCCAGCUCUUGCCCAUGUGGCUCCAGGCUAUGUUCAUCGUAGUCCUGCUGUGCCUCUCAGGACUCUUCUCGGGUCUGAACCUCGGGCUGAUGGCCCUGGACAAGACGGAGCUCAAGAUCGUCUCCAACACGGGCUCCCCGAUCGAGAAACGCUACGCCAAGGCCAUCGAACCCGUCCGCGCCCACGGCAACUUCCUCCUGUGCACGCUCCUGCUGGGGAACGUGUUGGUCAACUCGUCCCUCACCAUCCUCUUGGACGAACUGUCCACCGGCCUCAUCGCCGUCAUCGGGUCCACCAUCGGCAUCGUCAUCUUCGGUGAAAUCAUCCCCCAAGCUGUUUGUUCCCGCCACGGCCUGGCUGUUGGUGCCCGAACCGUGUGGUUGGUGAGGGUGUUCAUGGUGAUCACAGGGCCCGCCUCAUACCCAAUUUCCAAGAUCCUCGACUUGGUGCUAGGAGAAGAAAUCGGCAGCACCUACAACAGAGAGCGCCUCAAAGAACUGAUUAGGUUGCAGGUGACCCACGAUCACAUCGAUCUGAAGACGGAGGAGCAGAACAUCAUCUGCGGUGCCCUGGAGUUCCAUAAGAAGACCGUGGGAGAGGUCAUGACCAAGCUGGACGACAUCUACAUGCUGAGCGUCGACGCCUGCCUCGAUUUCAACACGAUCAAUGAGAUGAUGCAACAAGGCUUUUCCAGAGUUCCCGUCUACGAAGGCGAACGCACUAAUAUCGUCUCGGUGUUGUUUAUCAAGGACCUUGCCUUUAUUGACCCUGAUGACAAUACCCCUCUCAAGACCUUGUGUCAGUACUACCAGAACCCUCUGAACUUUGUGUUCAUGGACACAACGCUUGAUCUCAUGCUGAAAGAUUUCAAGGAAGGUUCCAAGGGCCACAUGGCAUUCGUCCAAAAGAUAAACAACGAGGGUGACUGUGAUCCAUUCUACGAGGUGGUCGGAUUGGUCACGCUGGAAGACGUCAUUGAAGAGCUGAUUCAGGAGGAGAUCGUCGAUGAAACUGAUGUAUUUACUGACAAUCGCAGUAAGCGCCGCAGAGAGAUAUUGGGCCGCCGUGAUUUCACCGAGUUCUCGCAACAACCAGGACAUCAGACAAAUCACAAAAGAGUACAAAUUUCUGCACAGUUGCAGGUUGCAGCAUUCCAGUACUUACGCACAUCUGUUGAACCUUUCAAGGAAAGCCAGCUGUCUGAGGUUAUAGUCAAAAAGCUCCUUAAUCAAGAUGUUAUUCACUGUAUUAAACUAAACAAUAAGGAGCACUCAAAAUCCGAGCAACAGCACACUUACAUAUUCACGCAGGGGAAGCCAGUGGAUUACUUUGUUCUCAUACUAGAGGGCCAUGUUGAAGUAGUCAUAGGAAAAGAAGGUUUGACAUUUGAGAGCGGACCUUUCACUUACUUUGGCCUUGCAGCCCUUUCCCAGACCCAGACUUUAGGUGAAUCUCCAUCAGCAUCCACUCAGCUUAGUAAAGGCAGCAUCAAAGGAAGCGUCCAGUCCUUAGAUUCAACAAAAUUCACGUUUGUACCUGAUUACUCGGUUAGAGCUAUAACCGAGGUUAUGUACCUGAAGAUCCGCCGUUCCCAUUACAUUGCUGCACGGCGUGCGUUCCUUUUGGAGCAGUCACAGAAAGAACCGUAUGCAGAGAACUUUGAGAAGGAAAUGGCAAAGAUGUUGAUUGAAGAUGAGGAUCCUGUUUCUCCCAAUUGGGAUACCACAACACCAACAUCGAAGGAGACUUCAGGAAUGCCAAAUGGAUCAGCCAUCCAGUUUAAUAGUGUCAGUUCCAUGGAGUUUAGCAACCACAUCUAUCCUCCUUCUCCUGCCUUCAACAGUAGUAUCAAGAACUCCAUCUCAGUGCCAGGAACUCCCCUCAGCAGCCACAGCCAACUAAGCAUGAAGCCAAGCAACAGUUUUACAAAUCUGCAAGAAUUCCCUUCAUCAGUGAGCAGUGUUAAUGUUGAAAUGACUCGCGGCGACAAUCAGAAUUCAACUGCUAGGUAUCCUCUAACCAAUAAUUUAAGUGAGAGUUCAAUCGAAGAUAACGGUGAACAAAAUGUCGUUGGUAGCCCAGAUGUGAUCGCCAACAUGGGCCGUCACAGUAGUGUUGAUUAUAAGCAGAGUAAUUUAGACGAUGAAGGGGUUUUAGUUCACCGUCGGGGAGAGAGUUUUUCUUGAAAGAGGGUAAUCAUGUCUUUUAUAAUAGUCCUUGUGGCAUUAACUCAGUCAGCAGAUUGUAGGGGUCUGCAUAUUAGGUUGUGUAGAUAUCGUAAAGAAUGUAAAGAAUGCGUAACCUUUCGGAAGAAAGGACUGUUGAUCGUUGUAGUCUCCCCUGUACAUAACAGAAAUAGAUGACAGCAAUCUUUUACUGAUAGGUGAAGUUUUUUUAGGAAUGAAUUAGUUCAAUAUGUUAUUUCCUUUUAAUACACCACAUAAGUACUGUAGUAAUAAUUUAGCAAUAAAGUUUUGAAAGUUACUGUAAAGUGAGUGUGGAGGAAGUUUAAAGAUUACUAUAUUACUUUUAAUACUUCUUUACUAGUUUGCCCAUGGUUGAAUGUAUGCUAGUACAGUUGGUUUUAAAGUUUUACAGAUAGGAGAUAUAUACACUUGAGAGUUUAUCAGAUUUUCACUUUGAAAAUGUCCAGUUGAAAUUUUUAGUUUUUGGGUGAAAUUAAUGCAGACAUGUAAUCAACCAUAGACAACUGUUUAACUCUAAAAGUAUAUAUAUACUGUAUAUUUAGACUGCAUUUUUCCUUGUCAUUUAAGGUGUGUAGGAAUUAUUUGGGAGAUCACUUAAAUAUAAUUUUACUUUUGCUUUGAUGAUAGAUGAAGCAGUGCUUUCUAAAAAUGUACAGUUUAGGGACAAAUACGGCAUAAAACUUUUGACUUACAAGUUCAUCCAAGGCAUAUGGUACUCAUAGGAUAAUAUUGUUGUUGAUAAUAAUGGUGUCAGCGGAGAGAGAUAUAAUCUUGGUCAUGGGUAACUAAUAUCCUAAAACUUUCCUUUCAAGCUAUUAUAGUUAGAACAUGGAAUUUUUACUUAAAGUUACAGUAGUGCUGUAUAUGCUUUCCUUUUUGUAAAGGAAAAUCACUAAUGUCAUUACAGCUCUAGUUUUAUUACAUAACUAAUGGCUGUUUCAUAUACUUUCACUUUAUUUCUUUCCUGUGUCAGACUCUGCAUUGGCUCUGUUUUACUCCACAUUGCUUAAAUGCAACGCUAUCUUUAUAUCCAGGAAAACAGUAAAAAAAACAAAUUUCACUCUCAUUGUGUCAUAUGUGCCAACUAUAUGUUAAAAAUUGAAGGUUUGUAGUCAAUCAAAUUUGAGUUUUAGAGUUUUUUUUGCACUGUAUGCCUUUAUAAUAACUCGAUAGAUUUUUUUUUCCAUGAUGGAAAAUACACUAUUUUUAAUCACUUAAGUACCUUUUUAUGAGAUUGAUGCUUAUUGCAUUUUUAAAGCUUAAUCAUUUUUUACUUUCCAUAGGCAUGGGAUACAGUUGUAUUCUUGUCACACAGACUUUCUACUUUAAUUAGCCAGGAAUUUCAUUUUAACAGCAUUUUUAUGUACAAAAAAGUAAUUUUAUCGAGUGUUUAAGCAGGAAUACUGUUAAAACACAGUUAGUUUUUUAAAUAUUGUGAAUUUCUUACAAUAUUUAUUGUGGUCGAAUCAGCUGAAAUUUUCUUCUGGUUUUGAACAGUGUACUUUCUCUAAUGCAAUAUAAAUAAGGUCCACACACUUAUUUCUAAAGAAAUUUUGCGGCUCAUUAUUACAACUCCCAGUUUUGUCCAAUUUUUACUGUGUGCUUAUAGUAAUCUGUUAACAUGUAUGACUAGGAUAUCCUUUUUCCAUCUUUUAUAACUUCUACAUUUAAACAUUCUGUAGCUUAGAAGAACAAUAAUAGAAGGUUGUUCAUAUGAAAAUACUAUUUAAUGUAGUUAAAUGAGUGAAUUGCAAAAAAAAUUUAAUGAUAUAAUGUUGUAGCAGUAUUUUUAACAGGUUUUGCAUUAUUCGUGAAAUUUACCAUUUUUGCUAUUGUGGAUUGCUUGGCAGAGAUCACUGCCCCUUAAAAAAACCUUGAGCCAAGGUUAGAAGCAAUUGGAUGUGUCUUGCCUUCAUGCUGUCUAGCUCCACAUCUUAUAAAUAUUGAUGAACGGGACAUUCUGAUAUUAAUAUUUCUUGUUCUUUAGUUCUUAGUGUCAAGCUGUUAGGGAAGUCAAAUGGUAAGUUAUCUUAAAAAUUCUGUGGAAGAGAGAGAGAAAAAACUUGAAAGAUGGUCAUCACCUUUGCUCUUGCCUGACUUUCAUAAAUUGGGUGUCAGCAAGAAAAUCUUUGUUUUUGUUUUCAAGAAUUAAUGGGUAUGUUACAAAUGAAGUUCUCUAGGAUAAUUAGGGUAAGAGACCACAAUGAGAGAAAGGUCAUAGCUCAAACUGACUUGUCAGUUCUCAUUUUGUCGUCAUUAUGCUGUGGUUAAUGCUAGAGAAAAAAAAAAUAUUAGAAGCUUUUAUAGACUAUAUUGGUUGAUACUAGGUUUCCUGAAAUAUAAAGUUAACUGAACAUUUGUGAUAUUUACAGAAUAGGAAGAUUUUAUCUCACAGUAAAAAAAAUAAAAUAUAUAUAUAUAUAAUAUUAAAGGGAAUAAGGGUUCAAGCAUUAGCUGUUGUUAGUACUGUAGUUUGUACGGUGGGUUCCUCGGUGAAUAUGAAGUCAGAUGAGCUCAUGCAGUGCAUCAGAUACUUAAGACAUUGGAUACAGUUGCUGUGCAAGAAGAUUGCGUUAUGAUGAUUGUUGAGUGGUGGCAAAGAAAAAAAACAAAAAACAAAAAAAAAUGAGGGACUUUCUAGGUAGCAGGAGUUUAGUGCUGUGAUAUAUAUGGUCUUGGUCAGCGAGGUUAUGAUCACCAUUGUUGUAUAUAUACUGUAAUGUAAUUGUUACAUUGGUGUACAUAAUCUUAACCUUUCUGUUUGAAUUAUAUUCUAUAAUUUAAAGCUUUACGAAUGUAAAUUAUAAGAGAAGAUUCAAGUAUUGCUAUAUAUAUUAAACGAUUGUUAGGAGAAGGUACAAAAAAAGAAGUGUUCACAAAAGUCAUCCCUCAAUUGACAAUCACUUCAAUGUGGUACAUAAAUUGUUAUGUUUUUCAGUAAGUGAAUCAAAAAUGUUUUUCUACCUCUUGACUAGUGUAGUGAAAUAGUGUGCUUUUUCUGUUAUGAAGAUUAGAUCUCUGUGGACUUUGUUCAACAGUUUAAUCAUGGGAAAAGAUACAAAAUGGAGUCUCAAGUUAAACAUUAGUUAAGACUUCGUUAUUAAAUGUAAAUAGAAAAUACUAUGAAGAAUUUUAAGUGUUUUAUUCUACAGUAUUGGAAGCUGUCAAUUUAAAUGUGAUGCUGUUAACAAGUAAAUGAAAUGUUCAUGUGUUUCACACUUAGUGUUCCUGAAGUGUUGUUGGCUGAAUUGAAUGCAAGUUACAAAUAUAUUGUAGUCCAUUAUGAGUACUUGUGCCUUCUCCUUGGCUCUGUGUUCAUAACCUAAUUGAACUGAGCAAGACCACAAAAUAAAACCAUACACGGGUAUUGGAAGCUGAAUAGACUAGGAACACAGCAAUCAAGAAUUCAGAACUAUAGUAUCCAAGAUUUCGAAUUGCAUUUAUUUGAAAUUCCAUUAUGGAGUAAGUCUAACAUACUAAGGCUUGGUGAUUAAACUUUAGAGCUUAAGUGUUAUGUGCUUUAGGACGUAUUGUGAUGUUGCACAUGUAACAAAAGUCUUUUGAACAUUAAAGAAAAUUGCAGUUAAUCAAAGGUAAAUAUUAUCAAUAGUAUUCUUUUGUCGUACGCUUGCGGUAAGUUUGUUCCAUUUUGUUCACUUCAAAUAAUUUCAUGGAAUUAAAAUGUACAAAAUGAAAUGGAUUUCUAUUCUAGUAUGCAUCUUUUGUUCGCAUUUUGCCUAUUGAAUGAUGAAAGUUGUCGUAUAAAGUCUGUUCCUGUUUGCCAAAUGUCAUGAAUAACUCUUAUUACCAUAAUUUGCCAAAUGUCUUGAAUAACUUUUCUCAUAAUUUGAUGGAACUUUGUAACAAAGUUAACAAAAUGGAUAUUCUCAUUAAUUAAGUCAUUUUGUAGUAAAUUACAGCAGACUAAACAAAUGUACAUAUUAUUCUCGCACACUUGUGAAAAAUUCGAUUGAUAGAAAUGAAAUUUAAAAGAACAAAGCAGCCUUGAAGAAUAAAGUUGAUAGGUAUUUUAUUUUUAAAUUCCACAAUCUACUUUCUCCUGAAAAUUAAGGAAAAUGUUUACUUCAGGUAUUCCAAUGAUUGUACUUUCAAGUGAUAUGUUUUGCAGAUAUGUAUGUUAUAUGUAUGCACAUAUAUAUUUUUUAUAAAAAUUACAUUUUGCGUGUUCGAAUAAUAUUUACCCUUGGUAGUCUGUCCAUUAUGCCUUGAAAGACAUGAUAGCUAUAAGAUAUUUCAUUUAAUUUAUAACAUAAAUUUCAUAACUUAUGAUAAAAAGUGUACAGAACUCUUGCUUGUGUGAGAGGGUAUGUUCUGGUGAUGCCAAGUGUUAAAUCCUGUCUCAUAUGUUAAGGUUCCUCUGGGGAAUAUAAAUUAUGCUCCAACCCAGCCGUGAAGAUUAAUAAAAACAGCUCUACAGUUAAAUGUAUAUAAUAAUCACUACAAAUGUUUAUUUUCACUAAAAUAAAAUAGACAAGUUAA